GUCUUUGCACUGCCAUUCAGUCUAAACCCACAGGACCCGCUACAGAGUAGCGGGAAUACAGCUCAUCAAAGCGUGAUACUUAGACGGACACUCAAGGCACGAGGCGAACGGGGGAACGGAACGACACCGUCCCCAAAUAUACCGUGUACGUAGGCCCAACUUUUCCUUCCAGCGAGGAAGCGUGAGCUCCAGGAAGAAUUCAUCCAUCCAUCCACGUCCCCUCCUGGCUCAUAUUCUGCUAUGAGCGAUUUGUUGAGAUCAACAAUGAGUGCAAGACUGGCCAAAUUGCCCCCAGUCCCACCGUAUGAUAAUGAGGAAGCAGAAGAAGAGGAAGGAAAGGAUAGCCUAGGGUCAUUAUCCCUCAAUCCUCCGGCACUCGACUCUCGAGAACGCUCCACCAAGCCAAAUCCAGUUCUAUCACCUCUCUCGGCCUCCACACAUUUCGAUCAAGCCAUUCAGGUUGCUGUCCCAGCUUCUGAUCUGGAUUUUCGUGUGUAUAUCACGCCUCCCGUACCUCCUAAAAACCCAAACGAUGGGAAAAGUAGCAUAAUAUGUGCGCAUCACGGAGCUGGUUACUCGGCGCUUAGCUUUGCUUGUCUAGCAAAAGCUGUGACUGAAAUGACUGACGGGGAACUUGGAUUCAUGGCUUUCGAUGCACGGGCUCAUGGAAAGACAUACUCGUUGUCAAAUCCUCCGUCCGAUCCAGCGUUGCUUGAUUUGUCCUUGACUAGGCUAGUUGACGAUUUUGUUAAUCUCACAACAACAAUGUAUCCUGAGCCUCUUGAAGCGCCUACGUUCGUCUUAGUAGGGCAUAGUAUGGGAGGCGCAGUUUUUACAAAUGCAACACCACGUCUUCUCGAGAAGAAAUAUUCGAUAGGGGGAGUGACGGUCCUGGACGUUGUAGAAGGUUCUGCGAUGGAGGCCCUUCCUCACAUGCAUCAGCUUUUGGCUUCUCGACCGGAAGGUUUCCCAAGUGUAGAGAGAGCCAUUGAAUGGCACAUCACCGGUAGCACCGGAUCGGUGAUACAUAAUACACUUUCUGCAAGACUAUCCGUCCCAUCAUUGUUCAUCGCCCCAAAGGACGGUGAGGAAGGGUCCAUUGCAUGGAAAUGGAGAACCCCGCUCAAGUCAACUGCACCAUUCUGGGAAAGCUGGUUUGCAGGGUUGUCAAAGUCAUUCCUCGCUGCACGGACUGCACGCUUGCUCAUUCUAGCAGGUACUGACCGCCUGGAUCGCGAGCUCAUGAUCGGGCAAAUGCAGGGGAAAUUUCAGAUGGCUGUAAUCCCAGACGUGGGUCAUAUGCUACACGAAGAUAACCCGGAGAAAGUUUCCCAAAUCCUGGUUGACUUUUGGAAACGGAACGAGAGGAUCACACUACCUGGUAUCAAGAAGGUUGGAGAAAGGUAGAAAGGCGACUCCGAGUCUUUGGGUGAAUCUCUGCUCUGGUAUCUGUGUGUAGGUUAUGUGAUACGCAGUGUGGAAGAAUGUCUUAGAAAAGCAGAUAAUCCCCUCUGGCGAAUCACUUUCAUUGCUGUCUGGCAUUUUUCUACCCGAUCUCUCUGUAGGCGAACUCAAACAAACCGCAAUAUAUGCAGCACGCCUCCAACGCAACUGGGCGUCUGGAGAUCCAAGAGUGUU